UGCAUAGCUUAAUAUAUAAAAUAAAAGGAUCUCUCCUUUGGACAUUAAGGAGAAAAAUGGAGAGACGUUGUAUGUUCAUUUCCAGUUUUGUGCUGAUAUUUCAUCUUAUUCAAGCUCAAGAUCCUACCGGAUUCAUCAAUGUGGAUUGUGGUUUACCCCUUCGUGAGUCUCCUUACAACUCACUCCCAACCGGUUUAGCAUAUACUUCCGAUGCUGAUUUAGUUAAGAGUGGAAAAACUAGUAGAAUCGCCAAGGAGUUUGAACCGGACUACACUAAGCCGAUUUUGACACUAAGAUAUUUUCCAGACGGAGAACGAAACUGCUACAAUCUAAAUGUUACCCGGGACACCAAGUAUCUGAUUAAGGCCACGUUCGUAUAUGGAAAUUAUGAUGGUCUUAAUGUCGAUCCGACCUUUGACCUUUACUUGGGUCCGAACUUAUGGACAACAAUGAGCAGUAACGAUACUAUAGAGGAGAUCAUCCAUGUGAUGCAAACCGACUCUUUCCAGGUAUGCCUUGUUAAGACAGGAAUUAGUAUACCAUUUAUAAAUGUCUUGGAGCUACGACCAUUGAAGAAAGAUAUGUACGUUACUCAAAGCGGCUCACUCAAGUACGAAUUCAGGAGGUAUCUUAGCAAUUCAGAUCGUAAUAUACGGUACCCGGAUGAUGUUUAUGAUCGUAAAUGGUACCCGAUGUUCGUGGCGAACUCAUGGACACAAGUAACUACGAAUUUGGAUGUAAAUUCUAGUAAUCUUUAUGAACUGCCAAAAGUUGUAAUGUCAACGGGAGUAACGCCCCUAAAUCCUAACGCGACAUUAAACAUUACGUGGACUAUAGAGCCAUCUACUACAAAGUUUUACUCCUACAUGCACUUUGCCGAGCUUCAGACUCUAAGGGCCAACGAUACCAGAGAAUUCAAUAUAACAAUGAAUGGAAAAGUUACAUACGGACCAUAUAGUCCUAAGCCGCUAAAGACCCAAACCAUAUUCGACAUAACACCAGAGCAAUGCGAUGGAGGGGCAUGCCUUUUGCAGCUUCUUAAGACGUCCCAAUCAACUCUUCCGCCUCUGCUGAAUGCUAUCGAGGCUUUCACCGUGAUUGAUUUCCCGCAAAUGGAGACAAAUGAAGAUGACGUUACUGGUAUCAAGAAUGUUCAAGAUAUUUAUGGAUUAAGUAGAAUCAGUUGGCAAGGAGAUCCAUGUGUCCCCAAACAGUUUUUGUGGGAUGGUCUAAACUGCAAUAACUCAGAUAUUUCUACUCCACCAAUAAUCACUUCCUUAGAUUUAUCUGCAAGUGGAUUAACAGGGAUCAUCACACAAGCUAUUCAAAAUCUUACCCACCUUGAAAAAUUGGACUUGUCAAAUAACAAUUUGACUGGAGAAAUACCUGAAUUUCUAGCUAACAUAAAAUCACUCUUGGUCAUAGACUUAAGUGGUAAUAACUUAACUGGAUCGGUCCCUCCCUCACUUCUUCAGAAGAAAGGAGUGAAGUUAAAUGUUGAAGGAAACCCUCAUCUUCCUUGCACAGCUGGUUCAUGUGUGAACAAAGGAAAGGAUGGACAUAAGAAAAAGAGUAUCGUUGUACCAGUGGUUGCAUCAAUUGCUUCAGUAGCUGUUAUUAUAGGUGCAAUCGUCAUGUUCCUUUUUCUAAGAAAGAAAAAAGCAUCAAAAUUUAAAGGGCCACAAACCUCAUAUGUUCAAGCGUCAGAUGGUAGAUCAUCAGAACCGGCAAUUAUGACAGAAAAUAAAAGGUUUAGUUAUUCAGAAGUUAUGACGAUGACAAAUAACUUCCAGAGAAUCCUUGGGAAAGGAGGGUUUGGAAUUGUUUAUUAUGGUUUUUUGAAUGGUACAAAACAAGUAGCAGUUAAGAUACUUUCCCAUUCAUCAUCUCAAGGGUAUAAACAAUUCAAAGCUGAGGUCGAACUUCUUCUUAGAGUUCAUCACAAAAACUUGGUUGGUCUUGUUGGGUAUUGCGACGAAGGAGAGAACAUGGCUCUUAUCUAUGAAUACAUGUCCAAUGGAGACUUAAAAGAACAUAUGUCAGGAACACGUAACCGUUUUAUUUUGAAUUGGGGAACUCGACUUAAAAUAGUUGCUGAAUCUGCACAAGGACUCGAGUACUUACAUAGUGGAUGCAAACCACCAAUGGUUCAUAGAGAUGUCAAAACCACAAAUAUAUUGUUGAAUGAACACUUUGAAGCCAAGCUUGCUGAUUUUGGGCUUUCAAGAUCAUUCCCAAUCGAAGGUGAAACUCAUGUGUCGACAGUUGUUGCUGGAACUCCUGGAUAUCUUGAUCCUGAAUAUUACAGAACAAAUUGGCUGACAGAAAAGAGUGAUGUUUAUAGUUUUGGGAUUGUAUUGUUGGAGAUCAUCACAAACCAACUAGUGAUAGACCAAAGCCGUGAAAAGCCACAUAUAACAGAAUGGGUGGGGUUAAUGCUUACAAAAGGAGACAUCAUAAGCAUUAUGGAUCCAACUCUAAAUGGAGAUUAUGAUUCUGGUUCUGUGUGGAAAGCUGUUGAACUAGCAAUGUCUUGUCUAAAUCCUUCUUCAGCGAGAAGACCUACGAUGUCGCAAGUUGUUAUCGGAUUGAAUGAAUGUAUUGCAGCUGAAAAUUCAAGGGGAGGUGCUAGUAGGGACAUGGACUCGAAGAGUUCUAUAGAAGUGAGCUUGACCUUUGGUACUGAAGUGAGCCCAAGGGCUCGGUAGAUUAUAUGCUUUUAUUACCGAACUAUCUUCAUAUUUCUGUCUUGGAUGUCACCCGAUACUUCCUGACUAAAAAGUUUAGAGUCUCUUUAUUUUACCUUUAUGUGUCAGUUCAUAAUAAGUUCAUGUUUUAUCUGUUGUUUGACAAAUAGAGUUUUACUCUUGUUCUUGAAAGAAGAAGUUGAGUGUUAUCAAA